AGGCAAAUGUCCAUCGGUAGCGGCGGCAGGGGAGGGCAAAUCCGACGAAAUAGUAUGCGAAAACCACUCAAGAUCAGUGGCUGGGUUCUGAGUUUCAGUCUCUCUCUCAGAGCCAGCCGACAUCUAAUUCUCCAUAUACAGUUUAUCUGCAAGACAAACAAUAGAUCUCUCGUCGUCUCCUCCCUCGGAGACCCCGACGUGGGGUUCAAAGGUGAACUCAUCGAGAGGAACAUCUAUGUCUCCUAUAGGACCAGUGGUUGUCGAUUCCUGAGAGGGAGAAAGAGAAGGAGAGAGAAAUAGAGGAAAUAGAAAGAGAAGGAGGGAGAGAUAUGUAGAAGGGAGAGUAUAACAUAUGCCCAGAAAAUACGUUGGUCACUGAAUUUCAAAUGUUGGCUGAUUUCACUCAGCAAACUUUUGUAAUACUCAUUUCACUUUGACAAGGUGAUCAAGUCUGCUCACCAUAAGCUCUGCCUCCAGUUGUCUCUCUCGCUCAGCCUCCUCCUCCUUCCCCAGAUCCUCCUCCACCUCCCCAGUCUCCCCGC